AUGGGGCAUUCUGCAGUAGUUUGGGACCAUAGAGCAGCAAUUGAAGUAACAAAGGACUGGAAUGGGAUCGAUCAGGUGGUGCUUCGGAAUCCUCAGGGGGCAUCAGCACGGGUUAGUUUGCACGGAGGACAGGUGAUCUCUUGGCGGAAUGAUCUGGGUGAAGAACUUCUAUUCUCCAGCAGUAAGGCCAUCUUCAAGUCCCCAAAAGCAAUGCGCGGAGGAAUCUCUAUUUGCUUCCCCCAGUUUGGAAAUUGCGGUUCACUUGAACAACAAGGUUUUGCUAGGAACAAAAUUUGGACGAUUGAGGAUGAUGCUCCGCCUUUGCUAAAUAAUGAUAUCCGCGGUAAAUCCUUCGUUGACUUGUUACUCAAACCAGGCAAAGAAGAACCAAAGUGUUGGCCUCAUGGUUUUGAACUUCGUCUUCGAGUGUCUCUGGCAUCGGAUGGAAACUUGGCAUUGAUAUCUCGCGUUAGGAACAUCAAUGGGAAACCUUUUAGCUUCUCAUUUGGGUACCAUACAUAUUUGUCCCUUUCCGACAUAAGUGAAGUGAGACUAGAAGGUUUGGAGACACUGGACUAUCUAGACAACCUUUGCCAAAGAGAACGCUUUACAGAGCAAGGAGAUGCCCUAACAUUUGAAUCCGAGGUUGAUCGCGUUUAUCUUAGUUCUCCAAAUUGUGUUGCCGUUCUCGACCAUGAAAGGAAGCGAACAUAUGUAAUAAGAAAAGAAGGUCUACCGGAUGUUGUUGUGUGGAAUCCAUGGGAGAAAAAAUCGAGAGCAAUGGCAGAUUUUGGCGAUGAAGAGUACAAACAGAUGCUUUGUGUUGAUGGAGCAGCAGUCGAGAAAUUGAUCACCUUGAAGCCGGGAGAGGAAUGGACAGGGCGUUUGGAGCUUGCAGCUGUACCCUCAAGUUUUUGCAGUGACUACUUUGAUCCACAGCUUCAGUAA